CCACGAUCUUACCCGACCCGACUCGUCGUUAGUCAUCUCCUCAAAGUUUGACUUUUUCCCCCUGAGUUUCUCUCCAAGUCGAGUCAAGGAAGGUACCUAGCUGAAUCCACUAUUUCUCGUCUGGGUGAAAGGAGCAACUUUCCUGAUCAAAGAUGGGUACUCAAGAGAAUGUGAAACACCUCGAGGAGUGCACCGUUUCCAAUGCACUAGGGACAUGGGUAUUCUCAGUUCUAGGAGCAUUGGUUGCGAUCCCAGUGGGCAUCAAGCGCAAGUCUCUAGGCCCACUUGUUUUCUUCGGCACUACCGGAACGAUGCUCGACAUCAUCAUUGGCGUGACUCAGUGCGAGAGAGAACACGCUGAACACCAACUGAAGUUACUCCAAGACUCUCAAAACGCAACAACGAACAACGCAGAGACAGAUUCCUUGUCCUAAAUCUUCUUUCACAGUUUUCUUUACAAUAAGACUUUGAUGCCAUCUUCAAGUCCAAACUUGUUUCAAUAUCGUGAUCAGUCCAUGUGUAGUGACAGAAUAAAGAAGAAAUUAUUUUGAUUUUAUCAAUACUAAUAAACUCAUAUAAAAUAAUGAUUUAUGAUCUCA